AUGCCUCCUCUGCGCCCAUCCAGGCGGGGGGGGGGAGCUGGGUCCAGGACCGCGGGGGGCAGGACACGGGGGGCACCCACCUCUCGGCUCCUCGGGGCGUCUUCCAACCAGGGAAGCCCCUCCGACUUUUGUGCCGGCGCAUCGGCCGGUGAGCCGCGCGGAGGGAAUCGGCUGCUGCGCUCUGCGAGGCAGUUGGGCGCCUCCGAGGCGGCCACGAAGCCAGCCGGAGCGGCACCCGCCAGCCCGCCCUCCCGCGCGCCCCUACCUGCCCGCGCCGCCGCCGCCGCCCGCUCAGCGUCUGCUGGAAUGCAUGACUCGUCCCGGCAGCCCAGCCCGGCGCAGGAAGCCUCCUCGCCUCGCCUCUCCUCUCCUGCUGCUGCCGCUGCACAGACGUCCCCGGCGGCGGAGGGGGCGGUUUUUCAAAGAUGGAGUCUUUCCCAGGCCUACCUAGUGAUGCUGCCAGUGGUUAAACCUGGGACCUCCUUCAUGCAGAGUGGGUUACCUGCCACUAAACUACGGCCUCAUUUCCAUCAUAAAGCACCAUGGGAUUAA